GAAGGACCUUUUUUUUUUCUUUUCAUGGGGGAUGGGGACAGGGCUGCUCCCGGGUUUUCCCUCCCCAACCCAUAUCCCGAGGGCUGGAUCCUCGGUGCCUCCCCAGCCCCGGCCAGGGCGGUGGCUCCGCCGGGGCUAUAAAUAAUCCCGUGGUUUGACUCCGCUCUCCUGCCCUGCCCUUCUUUGCCUGCUUCGAUUGAGCUCUCGGACCCCCAGCCCCCCCAUCAUGGCAUCCCCCCUGGAGCAGGCGCUGGCUGUGAUGGUUUCCACCUUCCACAAGUACUCGGGGAAGGAAGGGGACAAGUACAAGCUGAACAAGGCGGAGCUGAAGGAGAUGCUGAUGAAGGAGCUGCCCAGCUUCAGCAGACAAACCAGUGAGGCCAGUUUGCAGCAGCUCAUGAGCAACCUGGACUACAACAGUGACAACGAGGUGGAUUUCCAGGAGUACGUGACCUUCCUGGCCUGCAUGGCCAUGAUGUGCAACGACUUCUUCCAGGACUACCCUGACAAGAUGCCACGGAGGAAGUGAGCAGGGGGACCCCAGCCCCUGGCUGCACCCCUGAUCCACCCCUCCCACCCCCCUCUUUUGAUGCUCUUUUAAUAAAAAUUACUUUAAACAA